CCGAGCUGCUGAGCGACUUGUUUUAAGCAUUUUCUCCCUCGCUCUCGCUUUUAAUCUUGUCUCUAGUGGCGUGUGUAGGGGGGAGGACUUUAUUUCCAUUGGCUAAGCUCUCCCUUCCCACCCACAUCUCUUCCACAUCACCUUGGUGUCUCCCUAAAUAAAACCAGCCCUCCUUAUCGCCUGGAAAAAAUCAGAAGCUAGAGUUUGAAUGGGUUUUUUUUUUUUUAAUAUAAACACUCACCCCUGGCAGCGUGCGGCUGGGCUCUCAGGAUAAACUCCGGUGGUGCUGCCCUGUCUGAUGCUGGCUUUUCCUUCCCUCCCUUGAACGUCAAGCUUUAAGCAGAGCCCGGAGGACUGGGAACUCUUUCCCUGAAAUCUGAUCAACCUGAAGCCAGUUGCGGAACUGCACAGGGUCCCCAUGGACCUCAAGGAGAGCCCCAGCGAGGGGAGCCUGCAGCCCUCUAGCCUCCAGAUCUUCGCCAACACCUCCACCCUCCACGGCAUCCGCCACAUCUUUGUCUACGGGCCGCUGACCGUCCGGCGUGUGCUCUGGGCCGUGGCCUUCGUGGGCUCCCUGGGCCUGCUGCUGGUGGAGAGCUCGGAGAGAGUGUCCUACUACUUCUCUUACCAGCACGUCACCAAGGUGGACGAGGUGGUGGCCCAAAGCCUGGUCUUCCCGGCCGUGACCCUCUGCAACCUCAACGGCUUCCGCUUCUCCAGGCUCACCACCAAUGACCUGUACCACGCCGGGGAGCUGCUGGCGCUGCUGGACGUCAACCUGCAGAUCCCCGACCCGCACCUGGCCGACCCCACAGUGCUGGAGGCCCUGCAGCAGAAGGCCAACUUCAAGCACUACAAACCCAAGCAUUUCAGCAUGCUGGAGUUCCUGCACCGUGUGGGCCAUGACCUGAAGGAUAUGAUGCUUUACUGCAAGUUCAAGGGGCAGGAGUGUGGCCACCAGGACUUCACCACCGUGA